AUGCUGCUGUUCGCUUGUAGACCCACAGGUACAGAAGACAUCCCUCAUGGCAUCCAGCUCGUGAGCUCCAUUGCCAAUCAGAAGGGUUGGUCAGUCGCGGCGACGGAAGACUCUGCCAUCUUCACCAACGGGAGCCUGUCCGCCUACAGCACUCUAGUCUUCAUCUCCACGACCGGCAACUAUUUGUCAAGCAAUGAAACGGACGCCCUGAACGAUUUCCUGCUCAAUGGUGGUUCUUGGCUAGGCAUUCACGCCGAUGGCAACAUUCGCCCGGACACCGUUACCAUCCUUGACUUUGCCCAUCCCUCGACCUCUGGUCUUCCGGAGAGCUACAACCGGACGGACGAGUGGUACGCAUACAAGACAAAUCCUGCUGGUGAUUCUGCAUACAAAGUCCUUGCAAAGGUAGAAGAGACAUAUAUCGACGAAAUUACUCUAUCGCCGGAGCUUCAGCACAUGCCUCCCAUGCACUCAAUUUCGUGGUACUCCAUGUAUGAGGGUGUGGCUAGGGCUUUCUACACUGGUAUGGGACACACUAAUGAGUCUUAUUCGGAGGAGUACUUCGUCAAGCAUGUCACUGGAGGGUUGGAGUGGGUCACCGGCACUUCAGGUUAA